CUCGCGAAGGCUGCCGGGAAGCGUGGUUUUCUAAGUGAGCGUAUUUCGUCCUUGCAGCAAGUGCGCGUGCGCUGCCUCCGUCAGCGUAGGUCCGGAACAUGGCGGCGCGUGCCUUGUGGGCGGUCCGGCAAACUGUGCAGCGCCUCUUGGCCUCGAAUGCGGCGUCGGAUGGCAGGGGAUGUCUGCGUUCUUUCAGCACUGCCACCCAGAGAACUGCUGGUGAGGACUGCAGUUCUGAGGACCCUCCUGAUGAGCUUGGGCCCUCUCUUGCAGAAAGAGCCUUAAAGCUAAAAGCUGUUAAACUAGAGAAGGAAGUCCAGGACUUAACAGUGAGAUACCAGAGAGCUGUAGCUGAUGGUGAAAACAUAAGAAGGCGAACCCAGAGAUGUGUGGAAGACGCUAAGAUAUUUGGAAUUCAGAGUUUCUGUAAGGACCUGGUGGAGGUGGCAGACAUUUUGGAGAAGACUACAGAAUGCAUUUCUGAAGAAGCAGAGCCUGGCGACCAGAAGCUCACCUUGGAGAAGAUCUUCCGAGGGUUGUCCCUUUUAGAAGCAAAGCUGAAAAGUGUGUUUGCCAAGCAUGGCCUGGAGAAGAUGACACCCAUUGGUGACAAAUACGACCCUCAUGAGCAUGAACUCAUCUGUCAUGUGCCAGCUGAUGUUGGGGUGCAACCUGGCACCGUUGCAUUAGUAAGGCAAGAUGGCUACAAGCUUCAUGGCCGCACCAUUAGACUCGCCCAGGUGGAAGUGGCAGUAGAGUCUCAGAGAAGACUGUGAAUGGGCCAUGCGGAACUGAAUGUUCUUCCGGAGUGCAGCCACCUGUGUUUCUUUUAUUUAUUAAACUAGGUUUAUAUUGUACAUGAGGUACUUCAUGUGACCUGUUUUGGAUUUAGUCAUAUUGGCUUUAUUUCUAAGAUACUCUGUUGAUUUAAUGGGACCUGUUUGGUCUCAUCAAAAGUCUUGCCAUUGGGCAUUUGAACAAUGUGACAAGUGUUCCUAUGGCCUUUAUCAAAAUAUGUUUAAGAAAAUUAUUUUUUAAAUGAGUACUCUGAUGACUUUCAAUCCAAAAUCUUUCUAAAAGGUGGAAAUGAGUAUAUGUUUAUAUAUUUUCAACUAAUUAUUCCUUUCAAAUAGUCUCUAUAACAGGAAUUGUAUAGGAUCUUGUAUUUUGUGGGAAAAGGGGUUGGUUCAACAUUUGGGUGCUUAGACGAUAAAGCUUUAUAGCUGUAUGAAUUUAGAUCAUUGGGUUAAUGUUUAUACACACAGAUUUUUCGGGACUUUGCCUUUUUAUUUCGUUUUCCAGAUAGCCAUUUUUUGUCCUUGUAGUCCCUGCCCGGUAGAUUUCAUAUUCACACUCAUUGCCCCUUUCCCAUUCCUGUUUAUGAGAGCUGAAGGCCCAGGUAAAACUUGGAAGGCAGAGAAUAUCGAGAAAUUUGAGAGACCUGGGUCCUAGAAACCACGUGCUUUCGUUGCUGAGUUACCUUCAACUUAUUUUCAGCCUCCUUGGUAUAUAAUCAUUUCAUGGACACUGAAGCAGCUAAUGACCCAGAUUGGUCUAUAUAGGUGAUUUACCUACAACUUCUCUUUCUACCAGCCCUGAAAUUCUCUGCCAUUUUGUCAAAUUUGUCUUAUGAUCCUUUGUUAGAUUAUGGGGGAAUGUGGUCCAGACAAAAAAGGUCCAUGUUUUCUCAUUUCAUUUAGUUAAGUUGAAUUUUUUUUUUCCUUUAGUUGGAGCUCACAAAUCACUACCUCUUACAUUGACAAGCUUUGUUUCCUAGUUUUUAUAUCUGUCUUAAUGUCACAGGUGUGUAAACAUCUCACUCCCCUUUUAUGUAUUGACCUAGCGAUAAUGAGUCUAUGUGUUCAUUUUUUAUUCUUUCAGUCUUGCUUCAUAUAGCUGGUGUUCUAUAAAAGAUUUGUUCAAUAAAUGAGUUAGUGAAUGAAUGAUGCAUCAGACUUUAGAAAGUAGGUCACUUAUGGCUAUUUUAAUAUUAGAAGAGGCCUUAAUGAUGGUCCCAUCUCACCCGUUCUGCUGCUUCUGAAGUAUGAAAACAGUCUUUUUAGAAUUGAAUUCAAAGAAACGAAAUCUCUAAAACCUAGUGAACUAAAUUUCAGUGAGAACUUGAAUAAGGAACAACUAGAUAUUAACUUCAAUCAUUUGAGACUCAACAGUACUUUAAUGAACAUGCAAAGAUGUCCCCAGCAGACAAUUAAAUGUUAGCUGUCCAGAUUGCAUAGGUUUAGGUUUAAGUUAGUUUCCCAUAAAAUAAGUCCAUUUCUACUGGAACUCUGUGACUCCUUUCAGUGUGGAGUGCUAAAAGUUAUUCUCUUAGACCUCACAUAUAAUUCUAGGACACUACACAGAUCAGUAUCAAUUAAGCCAUCCCCCAGUGGGCCCUACCCCCUCCACCAGAAUUAGACACUUAAAAAACAUAUAUAUGUAUAUAUGUUUUUCAAAUGCAAAUAAAACACUGGUGGUAAGAUUUUUAAACCAGAACCUCUUCUGUCAUUCUAAAUGCAUACUGUAAGUUUAAUGAGCAGAUUUCACAAUAGGAAUUUGUCUUUUUUUUUUUUUUUUUUGCCUGGAUUACUUUGAGAUAGACAGAUGGUGACAACAAGAAAAUGAGCCAGUUCUAAUUACCCGUGUGUUCUUGGAUUACUAGCUGUCAUUACCAGUGUGUUAGAAUAACCAUAGUUUUAGAUAUGGAAUGUUCUGAUUACUUGAAGUUUUCUAAUAUUGCUUGCAACCUGUUUUAGCAAAUAGAUUGAGAAUAAUUUUAGAUUAUUUUAUUCAGUAGUUUUGCAGAUUUAAAAGAUUGAGCUAUAACAGUGACAAUCUCAAAAAGGUGUGAAGGGCUUUGGGGAGUUCGAGCAGCAAAGUAGAGCAUAGACUUGAACACGAAUCCCAGUUCUGUCACCCGUGUGACCUUGGGCCCCAGUCGUUCCACCCUUCUGAGCCUGCUUCCUUCUUUGUAAAAUGGUUAUAAUUCUCUCACAAUAUUGUGAGGAUUAAAUGAAAUGUAUAAAUUGCCUAUUACACUAGGGCCUCAAAUAUUUUUGUUGCUUUUUAUUAUACACAUUGUUUUUCCUAUGUUUUUAUAGCUGCCUAAUGUCUAGGAAAAGGGGAAGACUGGUUAAGAGAUGCUUAACUAUUAAACCUUAUAAGCUAAUCAGAGUGACUUAUUUUCCUUCCAGCUUCUGGUUGUUUGGGUUCUGCGUUUUUGUUGGUGUUGUUUUUAUUUUUUUAAACCAUAAGCAAGAAAUAUACAUUUUUAUACUGAAAGAGCAAAAACAUUUGUGUCAAUGCUCUGAAUUAUUUUCAUCUUGAUGGUAAAAUGAAAAGACGUUGGCUUGCAGAGGAUAUGUAAGGAAGCUUUGGCCCACUUGAAGAGGGGAUCUUGGUGUUUCUGUACUUGGGUUCUACAAAUCUUACAGAUUUUCCUCACUGCCAUAAAGGAAUCGGUAACUUAUUUGGUGCUUUCGUGGCAAAGGAUUUGAUAAGUGAAUAAGGGUUCUUAAACACUAAAGCAAAAUCAAAUGGGGAAAACUCAAAAUGAUAUGUGAUAUUCAGAAAUAAUAAAACCCCACUUGAAAUAACUGCA